AUGCCCCUACGCGCCUCCGUGUACGUGGCAGCACCGAUCCCAUGGACAGCAGCGUCCGGGAAAGUCGGGGGCACAUGGUCACCGAUCUCGAGUACUCUGAUCCAGACUUCGACCUCCGCCGUCCUGGUCGACACACCCAUCACGGGGAAGCAAAACGUUGACCUCGCCGACUGGAUCGAGCGCGAGCUCAGUUCGUCCGCCACGGGCACAGGUGAAAAAGCCUCGCUCGACUACAUCUACAUCACACACGGGCACGGCGAUCACUGGUUCGGGAUCAACGCGCUGAAGAAGCGGUUUCCCGGGGCCCGCGCCGUCGCCACCCCCGGUGUUAUCGCCCAGAUGCGUGGACAGACCGAUCCUAAGGCCUUUGCUCGCUCCUGGGGCACUCAGUUCCCCGGGCAGAUUGACACGGAGUUCGUGCUGGCGGAGCCGCUGCCUCCGUCGGGGGAGUUCCAGCUGAAGGACGGUGUGACGGGCGAGACGUUCAAGAUGCACGCCAUCGAAGUCGGGCACGCGGACACGCACAGUAGCACGGUACUGUGGUCUGCGGAUCUAAAGCUCGCGGUGGCUGGGGAUGUGGUGUACGGCACGGUGCACCAGAUGCUAGCGGAGGCGAACACAAGGGCGCUACGCCAGGAGUGGAUUCGAGCGAUUGAAACAGUAGAGUCGUUGGGCCCGGCUGUUGUUGUCGCCGGCCACAAGCAGGCCAAUGAGAUCGAUGGACUCUGGCACUUGAAAAACUCGAAGCAGUAUAUUCGGGAUUUCGAUCAGCUGGUGGAAGGUGGAGAGGUCAAGAGUGCAAGGGAGCUGGUGGUGAGGAUGAAAGAACUGUACCCGAGUCGAUAUAAUGAUGGGGCUUUGGUGGCUGGGGCGGUUGCUGCCUUCAAAGUCAAGGAGAAGCUGAGGCACCAGGGGAAUGGGAAAUUGUGA